AUGUCCGUCAGAAAAAAGUUUGGGACGCUCUUUGGACGAAGGUCAGCCGCCCAGGGAAGAUCUCUCUUCGAGGCCGCUGUCAUCGGUGACCUUGCCAAGGUCAAGCGACUGGUGGAUGGCGGUGCAUACGUGAACCAUUGCAAUGUGGACGGGUUCACACCCCUCCACGCCUCCGCGCAAAUGGGACACGAAGAAGUAGUGAAGCUGCUCCUAGAAAAUGGCGGCGAGCCGAAUACGAAGAAUAAGAACGGACAAACGUGCAUUGGUUCCGCAGCUCAUCGUGGUCAUCAUGACGUCGUUGACCUUCUGAUUCAAAAUGGCGCCGAGGUAAACACACGAUGCGAGAGUAGAAGUUGGAAUCCGUUAGGAUAUGCCGUGAGACAUGGGCAUGGGAAAGUCGUGGAGGUUUUGAUCAAAGCUGGCGCUGACGUUCAGAGUAAAGAUGGCGAUGACCAGUCGCCGCUCAAUGCGGCGGCGCAGCGCGGCAAUGUUGAGAUUGUUUGCUGUCUUGUCGCGGCAGGAGCGGACGUGGAGAGCACGGACGUAAAGGACAGGACACCUCUGAACCACGCAGCCGCAGGCGGUCACAGGGAAUGCCUGGAGGAACUCCUAAAAGCUGGUGCAAAGGUUGAGACCAAGAACGCACGAAAAUGGACGCCGCUCUAUUCAGCUGUGUACACAGGCGACGCGGAGGUAGUAGAAAUUCUACUCCGCGCAGGCGCAAAUGCCAAUUGCCGCGGCCCGUCGAGAUCGGCUCUCCAGGAGGCUGUCAAGCGGGGUCAUCUUGGCGUGGUGAACAUUCUGUUGGCUGCCGGAGCGAAAGCGAACGAGAAGACACCGGAUGGUCCUCUCGUGUACGAGGCGGCGCGGAAUCACCACCUGGAUAUUUACCGUACGCUGAUGCUCUGCUCUGGCCCGGAUGUAAAUGCUGCGGAUAAGUUUGGAAAGAAGGCGCUGCAGUAUCUUCCACUCUACGGAAUCGUCGGCUACGAGACUUUGGAUAAAAUCGGGAAGAUGCAAAAGAAACUUACUCUCGUCACAAAAGAGGAGAUGCCUAAUAUCACACAUUGUCCUGAUAUGAAUUUUCUCCACACGAUUCCUGGACUUGGCAGCAUAGAUUUUUUGAACUUUCUGAAUCCUGAAACUAGCGUCUAUGACGACGUGGAAACCAGGAUUACCAGUGCAACGAGUGAUUUGUUGGAGCGCCUCGACCUGAAACGUAUAAAAUGCGGCAGCGUGGCAGAGGGAACGAAAGUUGGCCUACCCGAUGGAAUCGAUUAUGUAUUCGUGUUGGAAAAAUACGCAGAGAAGACUAUCCACGUUCAAGACAUCGGGAGCGGGUACAAGCGCUGCGUCAAAAAGGUGCUCAUGCCGCCCUCUAUCAAGGAAAACCUGAUUACAGAAGGCAGUCAUGUUUUCCAUGGUUACUACGAAGGUCUCCUGUUCGAAGAGAUAGAUAAACAAGCUGCGCAGACUUUAGAUUUGAUCUGCGCACCGCAUACACUUCCGGCAGAAAACAACGCGAGUACGCCGCUGUACUUCCGCUGGAAGGACCGUAGCAACGAGUCAUUGGCUGUGAAUGUGUACGUUGACAUUGUUCCUGCGAUUCAGAUCACGGGUUGGCCGGAGGAUGCGCGCGAAUCUACAUGGAUGAUGGACAAGGAAGAACUCGGCCAACAUGGCCACCAACUCGUCGCGAAACCGCCCAGCAGACACAGUAAACUCGGAAAAACAUAUCUCCCUGACGUCGCCCGAAAGUUCUGGCGAACCUCCUUCGCAGAAUUGGAGACGCUCCACAUCAGUAGCUUGGCGCCAGAGGUCAAAAACAUCUUCGUCACGGCGAAGAUGAUUCGGAAUCCCGAUGUUUGCCGAAUCAUGAUUCGGGACAAGAUGGGGAUGAUGCACAGCGUGGAUAAGUUUAUUUCGACCUACAUGCUCAAGACUGUGUUCUUGCACAACGUUGAGGUCUUCUUCGAAAGUGGGGAGUCAUUCAGCAAGAAGGUCUUCAAGAUCUACGAGGAACUAGAAAAGGCACUCUCCGACACUCUUCUACCCUCCUACUGGCAACCCUGCAUAAACGUUCUAGACCAGGUACGCACGGAUACCGCAAAAGCUUUUGAGGUUGCGAAGAUCAUGAAGGCGUUCGUUGGCGCUUUGUACAUGCGCGAUGGACUGCAAGACCCGACCGCUGCCGCGCAGCCGGAAGCUCAAUAUGGCUACCAGGUAUAUCAGUUGGACUGAGCCCUUUAUGAAUGGCUUGUUGAUAGGCGCUGUCUUAAUAACGUACGUCAUUUAGAGUGUCGCAUCAUACUCCAAUAAAUUGAAACGCAACCUCAGAUGACAUUA